AUGGCCACGAAAGGCUGGGUUUUUGUCCUGUUCGCCAUCAUUGCUGCCGAAGCCACAAACACGUCGGCGCCUGGCAGCAUAGUCGAGCAUGUUCGCACGGAAGGCCUUCGUAAUUCCGGCGAUAAUGGGCACACGACUUUCAAUGACUACCUUCCUGGUUUUGCUGGUCGCUAUCGGAACCUACGAAGCCGGAGGUCCAUGGAGCGUCUUCGGCGGUCUGUGGACCUACCGGGCAAGUUAACACCAAAAGAUUGCGGAGAAAUCUACCGAAGCUCCAAAGGCGUCAUGGAUUCUGGAAUCUACACCAUCUACCCUCGUCAGGCUGGCGGCGAGAGCAACUACAAUGCCCGAUUUCCUGUGUUCUGCCGCGUGGAGGACGACCGGGCCUGGACCGUCAUCCAGAGGCGCCAGGACGGGUCUGUGGACUUCUACAAUCGGACCUGGGAGGACUACAGCCGGGGCUUCGGCAACCUGUGGAGGGAGUUCUGGCUCGGGAACGACAAAAUCCAUCUACUGACAAACCAGGGCGGGUACAUUUUGAAUGUUAAAUUAGAAGUAUUUAAAAACUGUGCUUCAUGCCCAUUCAAGAAGCCCCCAGUUUCUUACAUGCAAUAUGACAGUUUCUCAGUGGAAAAUGCGCAGGCACUGUACAAGUUACACCUGGGCUCAUAUACAGGGACUCGGAGACGCGACUUUCUCCAGUUUCAUAAUGGUUGGAAAUUUGUUCUCAAACCUAGUAACACGAUUAAUCCACAUUCGUCCUGCUUCAUGCAUAACAUGGGAGGGUUUUGGGUCCGUCGUCCGGAUACUUUGAACCCGAACGGUUUUUAUUAUAAUAGCGAUGGGUCUGACUGCCCGAAGCUAUCUCGAAGCAAAUGGCCAGGGAUUUUGGGGUUCGGCUUCGUGGAGAUGAGGAUCACAAAAAGUAGUGAUUCUAUCUGA